GCGUCGGUCGCAGAGCGACGACGUGUCGGGUUUCGCCCGCUGGGCGGCAUUGUGACGUGGCAGAAGGCGGAAGCGAUGUUGCGGCAGGACAGUAGUGAUGACACAGAAGAUGUGUCACUCUUUGAUGCUGAUGAUGAAACCUCCAGGAGGCCAAAGAAAUCAAAGAUCAAACAUCCAAUAGCCUCCUUCUUUCACUUGUUCUUCCGGGUCAGUGCAAUAAUCGUCUACUUACUCUGUGAAUUGUUGAGCAGCAGCUAUAUUGCCUGUAUGGUGACGAUCAUCUUACUUCUGUCAUGUGACUUUUGGGCAGUGAAGAAUGUCACAGGGAGGUUGAUGGUCGGCCUCCGCUGGUGGAACCAGGUUGAUGAUGACGGCAAAAGCCACUGGGUGUUUGAAGCUAGGAAGGCAUCUGCUCAGACGAAGAGAACAACAUCAGAAGCGGAGUCCAGAAUCUUCUGGCUAGGGCUGAUCAGCUGCCCUUUGCUCUGGGUGAUUUUUGCCUUCAGCGCCCUGUUUUCUUUCAAAGUCAAGUGGCUGGCGAUAGUGAUAAUGGGUGUGACACUGCAAGGGGCCAAUCUGUACGGCUAUAUCCGGUGCAAAGUAGGCAGCAGGAAGAACCUGACCAGUGUGGCGACCUCCUACCUAGGCAGGCAGCUCCUGCGACAGACUGUGCCCAAAGAGGAGCAAGCAGUAUCUUGAAGAUCAGGAAGAGUCCCCAGUUUUGUUUUCCAAUUCCUUCUGGAGGAUGAGAAAUAUUUCCUUGACCCCCUGUACAGAAGAUUUAUAAUUUGUGUGUGGAUUUUUCGUAAUUAAAUGCAUCUUCUAGAAAUGCAA